AUGGGCUGCAGGAGCGCACUCUUCGUGGCCAUCUCGGCCGCCCUCUCUCGUUUGCCACCUCGGCUCAGGCGUUUCGGGGGGAUGGAGGCUCAUCAGCAGGAGUUGGACCACGUGCUCGGUGGGCUGCACGACCUGCACGAUGACCGGAGCGUGAUGCGCACCACCUUCCAGGCGCUCUACGACGUCGCCCACGCUCAGAGUCACGCCGUCCGAGAGGUGGAGCGCAAGCUGGAGGAGGUGCACGACGCGCUCGUGGCGGCGCUGAACAAGAAGGCCGACGCCGUGGAGCUCCGCUCGGCGGUCGCCCUGGCGAACGAGGCGCGCGCCGCCGCGGACCUGGUCGCCCAGCGCGUCGAGGAGGAGGCGCAGUGCACCCUGGACGCCCAGAAGUCCGCCGCGGAGGACGUGCAUGCGCUGCGCUACGGCCUGAGCGACCUUCGCGCGGCCGUGGAGAG